AUGGGGCCAGGACCUGUUGGCUGUAUGCAGAAAGCCCGGGUUUCAGUUGGCGCCCCUCACCACCAGCCCCAGCCCAGCCCUGAGGUGGACACAAAGGAAAAUGAAGCGAUUUUGCCGGAAUUCACCAAACAGAACCCCCACAAUCUGGAGCUCCUGGCCCUGGCCAGGAAGGAGCGGGGCUGGGCCACCGUGUGGCCCUCCCGGGCCUACUGGCCCAGGUUGAGAGUUCAGCAGAACCAGCACCAUGUAGAAGCAUUUGUUGAGCAUCAUAAUAGCAAUGUUGUGGUUUCUGCAUCUACCCCUGAAUGGGCUAUUAAGAAACACCUCUACAGAACACGAAGUGUAAAUGCCUGUGAGAAUAUUGGAAGGCUUCUGGCCCAGCAGUGCUUGGAGGCAGGAAUCAACGACAUGGUCUUUCACCCCACACCUUGGGAAUCAUCUUCAGCAUCGAUACAAUGA